CAAGACUACACUGCAGUGGAAAAAGAUGACAUCACUCUUGAGUGUGAGCUUAGCAAAGAUGUACCCGUGAAAUGGUUUAGAAAUGGUGAAGAAAUUAAGGCUUCAAAGACUGUAACUAUCAAGACUGAAGGCAAACGCAGAAUUCUGAAGAUUAAGAAAGUUGAAGAAAAGGACAAAGGGGAUUACGAAUGUGACUGUGGAACAGACAAAACUAAAGCAAGCGUGAACAUUGAAGCACGCAUUAUUAAAGUAGAGCGCCCCUUGUAUGGAGUGGAAGUGUUUGAAGGUGAAACAGCUCGUUUUGAAGUAGAAAUCUCAGAACCUGAUGUUCAUGCUCAAUGGAAACUUAAGGGAGAAGUAUUAUCUCCAUCUCCGGAUUGUGAAAUCAUAGAAGAUGGAAACAAACACGUCCUUAUCUUGUAUAAUUGCAAACUGGACAUGACUGGGGAGAUUUCCUUCCAAGCUGCCAAUGCCAAAAAUGCAGCUAAUCUCAAAGUAAAAGGUAUGAUGAUAUUUUAC